CGAAUAGACUUCAUUGGCGUGAUGGGAAGACCAAUUCUACAAAAGGAGUUUCAUGCCAGCUGCUAGCGUCCUGCAAGUUGCUCGGAAGAGUUCUGGAGACCGUGACUGUAAGGUCAACGGUUCCCAUGUCGCCGGUGACCUUUACCGAGACAGGUAAAGCUCACCGUGUUUUCCGACAAGCCAGUCCACCAGAUCACCAUCUCUCCUUACCAAUUUGGACUAGUCAUGAAGAACCGGGAUUCAUGGAUAUUCCCCCUCAAACUCCUUUCAACAACAUGUGCCUCUCAUCUCAUUAUCUUUCUGAUAUCCCCAUCACCAAGUUAACCCGACCGCUCAGACUGUUCCCGAAACAUGACCGAACAACAACACCCUGCGAACACCACAGCAGCAACCCCUGUAAGCAAUGAUCGGCAAACAGAGGACACCCUCCCAAUCUUAGAAGUCGAAGAAGAGGUACCCUCCUCACCAGAAGAUUCCGCGCUCGGAAGUGCCGGUAGCUCAAGCUACGCCACUUCCCUGCUCUCCGAAGCAAGGAACUACAAAUACGAGAACGGCCGUCGAUAUCACUCUUAUCGCGAAGGGCAAUGUGUCUUGCCCAACGAUGAACAAGAACAGGACCGCGAAGAUCUAUUACACCAUGUCCGAAAUCUGCACUUCAACGGCGAUCUCUUCCACGCCCCUAUUCCGGAUAACGUUGAACACGUUUUCGAUAUCGGCACGGGAACAGGCAUAUGGGCCAUCGACUUCGCCGACGCCUAUCCCAACGCAAGAGUCAUCGGCAGCGAUCUCAGUCCGAUCCAACCAGCCUGGGUUCCUCCCAACCUUGAAUUCUUCGUGGAUGAUGUAGAAGCCGACUGGACCUUUAAAAGAAAUUACUUCGACUUCAUCCGCUCAUGUGACCUCGGUGGCUCGAUCGCCGAUUGGCCCAAGCUUCUACGCCAAGCCUAUGCACAUAUGAAGCCUGGGGGAUGGUUGGAAUUGUCCGACUUUGAGAUGGAGCAUUUCUCCGACGAUGACACGCUUACUCUUGCGCCUUCGCUAGGCGAGUUCUUCAGGCUGCUCAUCGAAGGCAGUACAAAGUUUAACAGGCCCAUGAAUGUGGCAUCGGAGCAUAAGAAAAACAUGGAAGAUGCAGGCUUUGGGGAUGUUACGGAGAUGGUUUAUAAGUUUCCAAUGGGUCCAUGGGCUAAAGACCCACGGUUGAAAGAGGCGGGCCGCUACCAUCGGGAGGUCAUGAUAAUGAGCCUCGAGUCGUACGCCCUUGCUCUGUGCACAAGAGUCCUCGGCUGGUCUACGGUGGAAGUUGGGGUAUUAUUGGCUGCUGUGCGGAAGGAGCUGAGAGAUCCCAAGGUGCACGUCUAUGGCAAAUUUCACGUAGUCUGGGGAAGGAAACCCAGCGACUGAGGUAUUGGGAGACCAGCACUGCCGCAGACCCUGCUACCCAGCAGGCUUGCCAUUUACCUAUCUUGGCAUUGUCCUAGAAUCCUUUCCCC